GAUGCAAAUUUGAAUUGGACCUCUUCUGGACAGCUAUUGCCCACCCUGCUGCUUCCGCUAUAAAUGCUCUCUGCCCUCGCCCUACCAUCCCUCAACCGAAAAGCCACUUUCUCCUCUUCUCCGAGCUUCCCUUAUCAUUGUCUUAGAAAGAUAGAACUAGUUUCAAGAUACUUCUGAGAAGACAACUGGGCUUUUCGGCCAUGAAGGAUCUGGGCGGCGGCCCCAGCAGGGGUCGUCUUUGGUCGGCACUGGCUUUGGCGCUGGCUAUAACGGUAGUUUCCAGCAAUGUAGGGUCUGCUCUUGCCGAUGAUUACUACACUUACUCUUCUCCUCCUCCACCGUCUCCUUCACUGCCGCCUCCUUACGUUUACAAGUCCCCACCCCCUCCUUCUCCGGAUCCCCCUCCUCCUUAUGUCUAUAAGUCCCCGCCGCCACCCUGGCCACCUCCCCCACCACCCUACGUAUACAAGUCUCCACCCCCACCUUCCCCUUCUCCACCUCCUCCAUAUGUUUACAAAUCACCGCCUCCGCCAUCGCCAUCUCCGCCUCCUCCAUACGUCUAUAAAUCUCCCCCACCGCCCUCACCAUCUCCACCACCGCCCUACAUGUACAACUCUCCGCCUCCACCUUCACCAUCCCCUCUGCCACCUUACAUUUACAAGUCCCCUCCCCCUCCUUCUCAAAUCCCCACCACCACCAUCUCCAUCGCCGCCGCCGCCAUACUAUCGCCGCCGCCGCCAUACUAUUAUAAGUCUCCCCCACCGCCUUCACCAUCACCUCCACCUCCUUACUACUACACGUCUCCACCGCCGCCUACAAAGUCUCCUCCACCACCAUACUACUACAAGUCUCCUCCUCCGCCUUCCCCAUCGCCUCCACCACCAUAUUACUAUACGUCUCCACCUCCCCCUAAGCAGUCUCCUCCCCCGCCUUACUACUACACCUCCCCACCACCACCUAGGAAAUCGCCUCCUCCACCUUACUACUACACAUCCCCCCCGCCACCCGAGAAGUCUCCUCCACGGCCUUACUACUACAAGUCCCCUCCUCCCCCGAAACAUGUUCCUCACCCUCACUUGGUCGUUAAGGUUGUCGGGAAAGUGUAUUGCUACAAGUGCUACGAUUGGGGAUACCCUAUCAAAUCCCACGAUAAGAAACACCUCAAAGGUGCCGUGGUGGAGGUGACAUGCAAGGCCGGUGAGAAACAGAUCACGGCCUACGGAACCACCAAGAUCAACGGCAAAUACAGCGUCACCGUCCCGGGCUUCGACUACACCAAGUACGGCUCCAAGGCGUGCACCGCCAAGCUCCACGCGGCGCCCGAGCAUUCUCCUUGCUCCAUCCCCACCGACUUGCACAGCGGCGUUAAGGGUGCCGAGCUCUCCGUCAAGUCCAAGACUUACUACGAAGUCGUGCUCUACGCCGACUCCUUUGCUUUUGCUCCCAAGACCCCUUACCCCGAGUGCAAGAAGACCAAGCCAACCCCCGCCCCUUACGUCUACAAGAGUCCCCCGCCUCCACCAUCCAAAUACAUUUACAAGUCUCCUCCCCCGCCUCCUUAUGUCUACAAGUCUCCACCACCCCCACCUCCCACUUACGUCUACAAGUCUCCUCCUCCGCCUCCUUACAUCUAUAAGUCUCCUCCGCCACCCCCACCAACUUACAUUUACAAGUCUCCACCCCCACCACCACCCCCAUAUGUUUACAAGUCCCCUCCGCCACCACCUUAUGUCUACAAGUCUCCUCCUCCGCCGCCCUACAUUUACAAAUCUCCUCCCCCACCCCCACCUUCCCCAUAUGUCUACAAGUCUCCUCCACCGCCGCCUUACAUCUACGAAUCUCCACCGCCUCCUCCUUACGUGUACAAGUCUCCCCCGCCUACGCCUUACAUCUACAAAUCUCCCCCACCACCACCACCCCCAUAUGUCUACCAAUCUCCCCCACCGGAGCCUUACGUCUACCAAUCUCCGCCACUGCCCCCAUAUGUCUACAAAUCUCCCCCACCGCCGCCUUACGUCUACCAAUCUCCGCCACCACCCCCAUAUGUCUACAAAUCACCACCACCACCACCUUACAUAUACAAAUCACCACCACCACCAUCACCAUCGCCACCACCUCCUUACCUCUACAAAUCACCCCCACCACCAUCUCCAUCGCCGCCUCCUCCCUACGUAUACAUAUCUCCACCACCUCCUUCACCCUCACCUCCUCCUCCCUACCAUUACAUCUCGCCGCCGCCACCUGUGAAAUCGCCUCCUCCCCCAGCCUACAUCUAUGCGUCGCCUCCGCCACCAACAUACUACUAAGCUCAAGAAGCUUAGCCACGGGCCAGUCUCAAUUAAAGUUCUAGUUUCAAGAGUGUAAUAAAAGAGGGUGAUAUGGGUGCAAGAACCGAUCAUCAAUUUCAAUCAAGUUUCAUCGAAUAAGGGUCUCAAAGAUCCAUCGUUCAAGAGCCGCCGAGUGGAAAUGGAUCGCCAGAUUGCUUUCGCCUCUUUGAUUGUGAUCUUCCAACUUCUGCUCACAUUACUUUCAGAUGGGACUGGAAAAGAAACGGUCGGAGCAUGCCUUGAUAAAACAGGGUGCAGGAUUUGCCGAUCUCGCUUUGCUUGUGUUUUUCCUUUUCUAUAUUAAUACUCGUGACCUUACUAGGAUGUAAUCUCAUUCAUUUGCCAUGUGCGUGUACUACCUCAUGUUGAUUUGGACUACUCCCUUCAUUUGUUUGUUCGAUCCUCUUGUUCUUGAAUAAAAUUCCAUCUAGCAAUAAACAUAAAUUGAUUGAUUUAA